AUGAGUGUUGACAAUAAUAAUGUUCAGCUCAAACAAAUUGUCAAAAAUGUUGAUCAAUUGAAAGAUAUUAGCAAACAGCUAGCUGAUAACGAUAUUCCAUUCUACAAAACUAUUGAUUCUAAAUUUGCCGAGCAGAUCGAUAAUGAUUCUUCAAGACUUUUAGGGUUAAUUAACUCAUUUAUCGAAUCUAUUGACGAUAAUUGUGAUAAGUUAGAGUUAGGAAAGGAAUCUUUGAAUGACAAUUGGAAAGCUAUCGGGAAUGUGUUUGAUGGCCUUUAUGAAAAAUCGGAUAUCGCAUUUGAUACAUUACAAAAGGCUAAAUCUACCGGUCAACCCACGGAAGUUAAAAAGCCAGAGUCUAGUAAUGGGCUCAUAUAUAUGGAAGAUGGCAAAGCUGGUAAUGAUGAUAAUGAUUUGAAAUCAAGGAAAAGACAACCAAAGCCGCAGUUGAAGUUCCGUAAUUCAAUAGACAAUACUGAAACCUCGCCAUUUAAACCAAAGUUGGUAUCAAAACCAAAUGCCUUAAAAUCUUUCGAAGAUAGCUUGAAGAUCUUCCAACCUGAAAAAGAAGAGGAUCCAGCACAUUAUAGACAGCCAUACGAGUCAGAAAUAGAUAACCACAAAUAUCCUGACUCAAUCUUGGAAAAAUCCGAACCUAUCGCAUCGCAGCCAUGGCCAUCAACUGAAGAACCAAUAUGGGUUGACACGGUAGAAAAAUUGAAUGCCAUGAUAAUAGACCUCGAAGACUGUCCAGAAAUUGCUGUUGAUUUGGAACAUCAUGAUUAUAGAACUUAUUACGGUCUAGUGUGCUUGAUGCAAAUCAGUAAUCGUGAGAAGGAUUGGUUAGUCGAUACUUUGGCGUUACGUGAUGAUCUUCAACCUUUGAAUAAGAUUUUUACUGACCCGAAUGUGGUUAAGGUUUUUCAUGGUGCGUUUAUGGAUAUUAUUUGGUUGCAAAGAGACUUGGGGUUGUAUAUUGUUAGUUUAUUUGACACUUAUCAUGCUUCGAAGCAAUUGGGGUUCCCAAAGCACAGUUUAGCAUACCUACUCGAAAGAUUUGCCAACUUCAAGACAAAUAAGAAAUAUCAAAUGGCAGAUUGGAGAAUAAGACCCUUGACAUCAUCGAUGAAACUUUAUGCGAGAGCCGAUACGCAUUUCUUAUUGAAUAUAUUUGAUCAGUUGAAGAACAUGUUGAUUGAAAAAGAUGUCAUGAAUGUGGUAUUGCGUGAAUCAAGAAACGUCGCGAAAAGAAGAUUUGAGUAUUAUAGCUUCAGACCAUCUGAGCCAACAAGUGAGGUUGUUACCCCAAUAAGUGACAGGAUUGAGCCUUGGAGAAACAUUAUGAAUCAAUAUAAUAUAAACUUGACGAAAAAGCAACUAGUGAUUGAUUUAUAUGACUGGAGGGACAAGAUUGGAAGAAGAGACGAUGAAUCAGUGAGGUAUGUCAUGCCAAACCAAAUCCUUGUGGCUCUCGUAGUCAAUGCUCCAACUGAUUCAGCUGGCGUCUUGGCUGCCAAUCAUUAUGUGACCGAGCAUGUGAGGAUGAAUGCCAAAGAAAUUGCAGAAAUCAUCCAGAAAUCUCUCAAGAAUUCGGAGAAUGAGGACAUGGAACUCUUGAAAUCAGCUCAUUUCCAUGAUACUGAAGCCUUAAAUUUGGGUAACGACCAACUCACUGAAAGAAGAGUUUAUUCCAAUAUCACCAAAUUCAAUAAAUUCAAGAAAUUAUUUGAUAAUAUUACCUCAAAAACUGACUUGAUUGAUGACAGUGGUAGCUUGUUCCCGUCAAAGAUGUUCGUUGAAGAUCCAGCAACCUAUGUGUGGUCCACGAAAUACGAUGGCCAAGGGAAAACCAUGGAAUUCACUUCUGAAGAUUUGCAACAACGUCAGAAGUUGAUCAACAGAUUGUUGAAGACUGAUAAGGAUAGAACUAUUACUGCAGAAGUUCCGGUUCAAACCGAUAAGAUAACCAGUGAAACAAAAGAAACUCACCCUGUGGAGACACCGAAGAAGGACCAGGAUGAAAUAAUUGUCAUCAGAAAGAAGGUGGUGAGAAAUAGAGCCAGCAAACCAAAGACUGCCAGUGAUGAAAAUAAGGAUGUGGUUGACUAUGCCAAGGCCGACAAGAUCUUGGUUGACAAGCCUUCUAGUAAAAAUUACAGUAGAAAGAGAAAGGCUUACGAUCCGUAUGGUAAAUCUUUAGAUGAACCUAGACCUGCUAAGAAGGCUUUUAGUCUUAAUCGUGGGAAGAAUGUGUCUUACAAGACAAAAAAAUAA